AUGGUCGACAUGCUAGGCCUGGCAGAGAGCGCGGUGGAUUCGUCGAGGCACGCUGCCAUGCGGACAGCCCGGCUUCACUCCGUCGAUGGUCUGCCCCAGUGCCUCGCCCACAGUCUCAGGUACAUGAAAGAGUAUUUCCUCGGAGGUGCUGUGCGAUCCGCGACUCUGGUGGGCAGCUGUAACGAGCACAAACUCGUCUCUGCCGAAAAGUAUUGUGCCUUGGAUCUCGCCGAAGUUGCCUGUUUGAAGGAGCAGGCAGCACAAGCUCUGGAUGGUCAGGCCAUAUUCGUGAUCGACGAAGGGCGCUUUGUGCUGCGCCCUGUCGCGCCAUUACACCCUGUUGAUGGCAUCGGCGAGGAUGUGGCCUCUGGCUGGCCUAGGAAGGAUCCAAGCCCACGCAACGAAGAGUCUAUCCCGCGGUCGAUUAGCAAAAGUUUGUACCAAGUCGUUGACUGGGCAAGAGUGGACGGGCUUAGUAUGAGAGACGUUAACAGAGACGAGGGAUACCUCAGGCAGAUUGUCAGUAUAGCCCCGCAAGAAGUAUUUCUGGCAUAG